GCAUCCAAGAACUCUCUGUACCUGGAUGACGAAUGCAUCAAGGCACUGUCCCGGUUGCCUUUCUUCCGAGCCAAAGACCUCAUCGAGGAGGUGUUGCUGGGAGGACGGAGGCGAGAAGGGGUAAGCAACCCUUCGCGUUACCUGAUGUCCGCGGUCAAGAAGAUGUCUGUGGGUCUUG